CAAACUUUGACUGUUCUUUUGUACUUAAUCCUUCUCUCUAAUGUUAUCUUCUCAUGUGUAAUUAUCUGAAUUCUGCUAUUAGUCUCUUGUACAUUUGAGAGUUUGUUGAAUGCUUUUCAUAACUCUAUUGAAAUCGGUCUCCCUCCUCUCUUAAUGUCGAGUUACCAGAGUCCACCGUCACCUUCAAAUUCUGGAGAGACAGCAGUUAUUGUUGUUAGCUUGGGUAAAGAUAUAUCUCACUCCGCGUUUCCUUUCUUUUUCGCAUUACUUUUUUUUUUUUUUUCUGAAGUUGAUAAUGGUUUUUCAUCAAUGAGUUCUGAUUUUUUCCAGUAGUGUUCAUGGUGAAGAUCGUUAUCGUGGUGGUCGUUUGCAUGAAAAGGAAUCAGAGAGGCAGCUCUGUUAAUCUAGACUUUCUGACACUCACAAUGAACAAGUUUCUAAACGAUAUGGAAAGAGAGAAGCCCAUCAAGUUCACUUCUCAACAACUUCGCAUUGCGACUGAUAAUUUCACCAACCUGUUGGGCCAAGGAGGUUUUGGUGCAGUUUAUAAAGGGAUAUUUAGCAAUGGAACCCUUGUGGCCGUUAAGGUUCUAAAUGGGAGCUCAGACAAAAGAAUCGAGGAACAAUUCAUGGCGGAAGUUAGUACAAUCGGAAGAAUCCAUCACUUCAAUUUGGUCCGUCUUUAUGGAUUUUGCUUUGAGAAACACCUCAGAGCACUUGUUUAUGAGUACAUGGGAAAUGGAUCGCUUGACAAGUACUUAUUUCAUAGCAACACGGUGCUCUUAGGAUUUGAGAAGUUUCAUGAAAUUGCUGUUGGGACGGCGAGAGGGAUCGCUUACUUGCAUGAAGAAUGUCAACAACAAAUAAUCCAUUACGAUAUAAAACCUGAAAAUAUUCUUUUGGAUGCAAACUUCUUUCCAAAAGUAGCUGAUUUCGGUUUGGCCAAGUUGUGUAACAGGGACAAUACUCACAUAACCAUGACAGGGGGGAGAGGGACUCCGGGUUAUGCUGCACCAGAAGUUUGGCUACGGUUUUCUAUAACACACAAAUGUGACGUGUACAGCUUUGGAAUGCUAUUGUUUGAGAUCAUAGGAAGGAGAAGGAAUCUGGACAACAAUAUUCAAGAUAGCCAAGAUUGGUUCCCGAGGUGGGUAUGGAAGAAGUUUGAACCGGGGGAAUUAGGAGAGCUGAUGGUAGUCUGUGGAAUAGAGGAGAAAGAUAAAGAAAGGGCAGAGAGAAUGGUAAAGGUAGCUCUGUGGUGUGUACAGUAUAUGCCCGAGGCAAGGCCCUUGAUGAGUGUCGUGGUUAAAAUGUUGGAAGGUGCAGUUGAGAUUCCUACACCUUCAACUAACCCUUUCCAGCACUUGAUGCCGGUCGCUCCGUACCCUACUGCACCUGUCUAUGAUACUUCAAAUCCAACACAUACAACAAACACUUUUGGUUCGGAUCCUUCACAGACUGUCACUGAAUAUAGCGUCGUACGUGGUACUCCUAUCAUGAGGAGAUAUGAGAUUGAAAUAGCGUCUACCUAGGCCGGAACUGCAUUUGCUCAUCCUGUUGUGUAGAUUACUGAGAAUAAAUGUAUAAUAGUGCAUGUAAAGCAACUCCUUUUUCACGGCAAACUACUCCAUAAUAA